AUGAAAUAACUCAAAAUUAAUAAUCAGUUCGUCACUUAAAAGAAGAUAUCGUCAGGGUCUUUUGGAAUAGUAAUGUUAGGAAUUGAUUAAAAAAAUGGAAAUCAAGUAGCUAUAAAAAUAGAGAGGCCAGAAAAUGAGCAUUUGCGUUCUCUUGAAAGAGAAGUUGAAAUUUUGUCAAGAUUAUCAAAUGUUAAAGGCGUGCCUUAAAUGUUUUAUUAUGGUUGGGAGGAUUCUUACAAUGUUAUCGUCAUGGAAAUGUUAUAAAAAGAUUUAUCCUCAAUCCUAAAGUAAAGGAAAAAGCUGAGUUUAAAAUCUGUUUUUUAACUAUCGAUAGAACUGGUUUUAAUAUUAGAAGAAAUACAUAAAUAAGGUGUACUUCAUCGAGACUUGAAACCAGAGAAUAUAAUGUUAGAUGAGAAAAAUAAGGUGUAUCUGAUUGAUUUUGGGAUUAGUAAAAUUUACAUUCGCAAAAAUGGGAUUUUAAUGUAUUAUCUAAAAUUAUGCCAACAAGCCCUUUUAAAGAUAGAGUGCCAUUCGUAGGUACUUCCAGAUAUGCAUCAAUAGCAGCGCAUAAAGGAUAUGAAUUAGGAAGAAAGGAUGAUUUGGAGUCAUUGUUUUAUGUUAUGCUAUACUGUCUCAAAGGGUAUCAGCUUGUGAAUAGUAUUAGUUUAGUACUUUACCAUGGCAAAACCUAAAGCAUGUACCUGAUGAUUAAAGGACUUAGAAAAUAGGAGAGAUAAAAGAAACCAUUGAUGUGAAAGAACUAUUCAAAGAUUUACCUAAUGAAUUUAUUAAAAUAUAUGAGUAAUGCUAUUAAAUAAUUAUUAGGUAUUUAAGGAAAUUAACUUAUGCAUCUGAACCAGACUAUAAGACCAUUGUGAAAUUGAUGUAAUAAGCGGCUAAACAUUCUAAUAUUUUUUUGGAUUAUAAAUACGAGUGGGAUGCGCAAUUGAAUAACUAUGACAAAAAUAUGAAUAGGUAUGGAACAUUGCAAACUGAUGAACUACCACUAAAACAAUUUGAAAAAUUUUCUUCCAACUUGCUUAAUUGCAAUAACUUAGUUGCAUAGACUCCAUCUAAAUUUAAAUAAUUAUAACCCCCAAUAAAUAAAUAAGAAUCUAAUUAGAAUAGCAAUAGCAACUACGGAAGUGGCAAUCAAAAUUUAAGCAUAUAUAAUUCGAUGGGAAUUAUUUAUUAGAGAUCUAUAGACGAAAUUAGCGAAGAGCUUUAAGAACCGAUUCCAGAUGAAGUGAAAAGUCACAAUAAAAUUUGUUUAAAGACAUUGCCUGAUACAUUGAAAAAACCAGGUACAUUCUUUAAGACAACUUAAUUUGAUGAAGAUGAAUAACUCAAAGAAGAUCAUUUUUUGUCAGAGAAAUAUCAUAGUUUAAGUGCUUAAGUAACUACUAUUUUACAAAAUCAUAAAAAAUGA